AUGGCAUCCAUGCCAACCGAAGAACUUAGAGCUAGUUAUCGAUCCCAACUUUCGGCAUCGACGGGACCAGGGACGUUAGCUACCGAAAGGAGUAGCAUCGCAACCAAAAACAGCUCCAUAACCUCGAUUUACGGCGUAGUCGACGAUAACUUCAGUAUUGAUGACGUGAUGGGGAUGUAUGAGAGGGGCUUCUAUGACGAUUCGGCACCCGAGGAAGAAAACAACGAUAUGGUUGAUUCGCGGCCGCCGACAGCACGAUCGGAACUGAGUCGGAGAAAAACCGCCAUGCUGGAAGCGAUGACCGAUCUCUUACCAAUGCCUGAAUCACCGGAUAACAGUCCAGUCACGGAAGAUUCAGCUGCUAGUUUCCGCGACCCUGAUAUUCCUGAUAUACGAGAUUCAAUACGAGAUUCUAUGCGAGACUCCGUACGACAUUCUGUACAAGAUUCUGUACGAGAUUCUCUAUCUGAAGAGGGCUUUGAGAAAAUGUCCGAGAGUAUUCUUGCAGAUCCCGAUACUGAGCAGGAGAUUGAACGACAUAUUGAUCAUAACCCUCUCGAACUAAACCCUAUCGAAUCCGAACCUGAGGACGACUCGAUACCUUCUCCACCUUCACGGCAGCCAACCGAGUUAACGAUUCCUGAGGAGGAUGAUGAGCGAGAUCGUUACGGCUUCAAAAAGAGCAAUCAAUAUGUAAGCCAAGAACAGUACGACAACUGGAAUGAAGAAUACACCGAGUAUUUGGCUAGACGACGAAAGAAGUGGGCUGCUUAUUUGAGGGAGCAUGGGCUUAUGACCGACAACCCCAACCGAUUUCCACCACGAUCAAACAAGACCAAGCGAUUUGUACGCAAGGGAAUCCCCCCUGAUUGGAGGGGUGCGGCUUGGUUCUACUAUGCUGGAGGUCCGGCUGUCCUUUCGAAGCAUACAGGCAUGUAUGACAGUCUUUUAAAACAAAAGGCCAAGGAUGUCGAUGUCGAAGCUGUCGAACGCGACUUGCAUCGCACUUUUCCGGACAAUGUCAAGUUUCGCUCGUCUCAGCCAUCAAAUACUUCUAGGGACAACCCGCAAUCUCCCAAGGACGAUGGAAGUACUAGCACGCUUGCCGAGAUGCCGAUGAUCUCGUCCCUACGUCGUGUUCUGCAUGCUUUCGCUAUAUACAACCCGCGCAUCGGCUACUGCCAGUCUCUUAACUUCUUGGCAGGUCUACUCUUACUCUUUGUGGAAACCGAGGAACAGGCGUUUUGGCUACUUAACAUCAUAACGAGAGUAUAUCUCCCGGGGACUCACGAAACUAGUCUAGAAGGUGCCAAUGUCGACCUUGGAGUGCUGAUGUCUUCACUAAGAGAAUCAAUGCCUCACGUGUGGGCUAAGAUUGGAGGUGAACUGGAUGGUACGGACGCCGUGUGGCCGAAGGCUUGGAAGCACAGGCGCAAGUCCGAAUCUACUCGACUACCACCCAUUACCUUGUGCAUGACUGCUUGGUUCAUGAGUUGCUUCAUCGGUACUCUACCCAUCGAGAGUGUCCUCCGUGUAUGGGACGUAUUCUUCUACGAGGGCUCCAAGACUCUAUUCCGAAUCUCUCUGGCAAUCUUCAAAAUUGGCGAAGGCGAGAUCAGGGCCGUGACAGAUCCUAUGGAGAUCUUUCAGGUGGUUCAGACAAUCCCUCGCCGGCUCGUCAAUGCCAACGCACUAAUAGAGUCAUGCUUCAGACGUCGCAAUGGUUUCGGUCACCUUAGUCAGGAGACGGUUGACCAGAAGCGACAUGAAAGAAGAACCCAAGUCAAAGCUGAGCGAGAGAAGAUGACAAACAACCUUAAUGUACCUGGUGCCGACAACGAUAUUAAGAGAAAGGUUACCCUUUUUGGUCGGCGCAGAGAAAGAGAACCAACCCCUGCCGAAAUAGUAUAA